AUGGCCCGAUGUCUUUCUGAGUCAGGAAUUGCUUAUCGUAUUUCGUGUCCGUAUACACCCCAACAAAAUGGGGUUGCUGAGCGGAAAAACCAUCAUCUUUCUGAGAUUGCUCGUGCUCUUUUGUUUCAUGCACAUUUACCGAAGAAAUUUUGGUAUGAUGCAUAUGCCACUGCAGCUUACUCAUUACCCGGUUACCUUCACCGGUUCUUCAUUACUCCUCUCCUUUUGAGACAUUGUUUGGUUCUCGACUGGAUUAUUCUAUUCUUCGUACUUUUGGGUGUUUGUGUUAUCCGUGCAGGAAAAGCUUCCAAAUCUGCUUCCAAGUUCAGUGUGACCGAUCUGGAUAACGUGCGAUCCUCCAAGAAAAAGCUUCCUGCUAGCCCAACUGCUUCAAUCCCCAAGGCACCCUCCAAAGGAAGGGGAGGCAAGAAAAGAAAAGCCUCUGAAGCUGAGGAUCUACAAGGUCUGUACCUGAUCCGCCACCAAUUCCUCGAGUACUUCAACAAUAAAUUUGCUGAGAUUGAAGAUUAUGUGGGGAACGUUGAGGAGCAGGAUAGGAAGAUUGCUGACCUCCAACAAGUUGCACUGCUCAAGGAUCUCAAGAUUGCCGACCUCCAAAAAGACCUCCAGAAUGCCAAAAAUGAGACGGCCAAGGUGCUAAUUAAUGCUGACUACGAGAAGCAUGAGAUCACCCAGGAUGCCAAAGUCUCUACUGCCAUAGCGAUGUAUAAGACCAAACUGCAGAUGGCCUUGGAAGCUCAGGAUCCCGACUUCGAUAGGAGCACCUGGGAUGUGGAAGGCUGGAAGGCAAGGCAGGCUGAGCUGGAUGAUGAGGAGGAGGCUUAGGAGAUCCUGACGAUCGAGGAUGGAAGCAGUGGCAAGGAUCAUGGUGGUGAAGCUAGUGGAGUUGGAGGUGGUGAUGCAGCGAAGGUGUAGGCUGUAUGAUUGGGCAAUGAUGGACACUUCUAGACAUAGCCGGAGCCCAAUUUUUUAGUUUUGAUGGUAGUUUUGUUGAACAAUUGUUGGUUUGUACUUGAACAAUAGCUUUAGGGUUAAGGAUCUAGGAUCCUUUGGACAAUAGGUAGGAUUACAAAUGGUGGAGGGAUCCUCUGUUUGGGGGAUGAAGCCAUUGUGAUCCUGCCGCCUCUUAUUUCCUGCAUGCUAAGACCUCACAAACAAUGGACACCCAUUGCCAACCUAUGUGGACGGGCCACGUUUUGCUGGUAGAAACGUGGGUUGGCAAUUUUGACAACUUUUGAUGGUUAAUCUUUUGUUAAUAAAAUAACUUUAAUCUUUUUUGG